AUGCCAGUUCAAAAGUUUAAAACAAAGCCAAUAAAAAAUGCAGCUAAAAUUGAGCCGAGCAAUUAUUUCGUAAUUUUCGAUGAUUAUUUGCAACCUAAAAGCCAACUAAUUUUUUCUGAAAAAACAAGAGAUCUGUUGGAAUUCAGUGGUGCGCAUUGGAAACCACCAACUCUGAACGAAAGCAUACGUGAAAAGUGGCGUCUGUUGGCUAAGAAAUUUACCCAGCAGCGUGUGGUGAAAGUGAAACCCUUGAAUAAUUUAGUUAUCGACACUAAAAAAUUAAAUAUUCAACAAAAAGCGCUUAAACCGAAGAGCGGCUUCCAAAUCUAUUGCGAAUUGGCGAGUGUGCACGGUUUACACUAUUUAACGGGUGCUUCAAAGUGGCAACGCAUAUUUUGGUGUUUUAUUCUGUGCUCUAUGUUGACUUUAUCCAUUUAUACAUUAUGGAACUCAUUAAGUUUGAAUGCCGAUAAUCCUACGAUUUUAUAUACGGAUACAAAAACAGGCAUAUUUUGGGGUAAAACAUUUCCAGCGAUUACGCUCUGCAAUUUUAAUCACAUUUCGAAAAAGAAACUCAAUGACUUGCUAAUGAAGAAUUUUAGUUCCGAAACCGCCGACCAAAUUCGUCCCCUCAUUCCAUAUGUCUUAUACAGCGCAUUACCGGUAAAUGCCACGCCUGCUGACUACCGUUCCUUGCAUAGGCUUUUAACCAGCGCAAAUUAUACGCACAGCGAUUUCUUAGAAAAAAUUUCACCAGAUUGCGAAAGUCAACUGAUACGUUGUAAAAUACUUGCUCAAGUACAUCCCUGUAAUGUACUCUUUCAGCGUGUGCGAACACAGCAUGGUUUCUGUUGUUCAUUCAACUUUAAUGCCAUUAUAAAUGGAAAUCAAACAGCGGAAGAGUUAAGCAUACACAGCAAUCGCUUUGGCCCUAAAUGGGGUCUAUCGGUGCUACUGGAUCCACAGGUAGAGGAUUACUAUGCGUCUAGAAAUAAAUUUGGCGGCUAUCAAGUAUAUGCACACAAUGGAUACGAUUUUCUCAAUAUCAAUGACCCACAUCAAUUGGUUUUGCCUGGCUACUCCAUUCACAUUCAUACUGCACCAUUCAUCACUCUGGCCACAACUUUAUUGAAGAAUCAAGAUCUGCACCUGCGUCGGUGCUAUUUACGCAACGAACGUAAACUUCUUGCGUUCGCUGAGUAUACACAGCAGAAUUGUUUUUCCGAAUGUCGUAGUAGAGAAGUGUUGACGAGCUGCGGUUGUGUGCCACCAUUAUGGCCACGGGCGGAGAACUGGACCGUUUGCACUCUGUUAGAGGCGAGUUGUGUAAUGGCUCAAAUUGGUAAGAUAGACGUAUUUUUAUACCGAAAUUGA